CGCGCCGCAGGUACAUCUACAUGUUGCGCAACCCGAAAGACUGCUGCGCGUGCGCCUUCGACGACGCGGUGACGUUCCCGCAGGACUACGACUUCGGCGAGGGCCGCUUCAACGACUUCCUCGAGCUGUUCCUGCAGGGCUCCGUGCACGGCAACGACUACUUCCGGCACGUGUCCUCGUGGUGGGCGCACCGUCACGAGCCGCACGUGCUGUGCCUCGUCUUCGAGGAUCUGCGCAUGGAGUCUCGCGCCCACGUCGAGCACCUGAUCAGCUUCAUAGGCUGGCGGGACGCCAUCGAAAACAGCCGCAACGUGGCGCUCAUGCAAGAGGCGCUCGAGCACAUCGCCACCGGACCUGAGCACACCCGCAUCAUGGAGGUACGCAUGGCACCAGCUCCCGGGUCGUCCUCUACUUCACCCGACCGGGUACAGGCACGCGUGAUGACAGCUGGCUACUGGAAGAACUACUUCACGUGCGGCCAGUCCAAGCGCAUGGACCUCGUCUUCCAGGAGCGAACCAAGAACACCGCCAUUGCCCGACUAUGGAGCGAAUACAACGUGUUUCCCGCCAUAUAGUCUAUUCAGCGCGAAUGCUGCUCGAGAA